AUGGGAAGAUCUCCUUGUUGUGAUAAAGAUAAUGUUAAGAGAGGGCCAUGGUCUCCAGAAGAAGAUGCAAUUCUCAAGAGUUAUGUUGAGACUCAUGGCACUGUUGGAAAUUGGAUUGCAUUGCCAAGAAAAGCUGGCCUUAGGCGGUGUGGGAAGAGUUGUCGUCUAAGGUGGCUCAAUUAUCUCAGGCCAGACAUCAAACAUGGAGGCUUCACUGAAGAAGAGGACAACAUCAUUUGUACCCUCUAUGCUCAAAUAGGAAGCAGAUGGUCUGUAAUAGCUUCUAAUCUUUCUGGGAGAACAGACAAUGAUGUGAAAAACCAUUGGAACACAAAACUAAAGAAGAAGAUCCUUGCAGGAGAAAUUAACCUCAAAGCACUGAAAGAAAAUGACACCUUUCUUCCAUCAACAACUCCAUCACUGAUUCAAGAUGUCAUGCCUCAAAAUUUAGAUUACCCUGCUUCACAAAUUCAAAAUCCUCCACUGCCUUCAGUGCUUCAAAUAGAUAACAACAAUGGUUAUGCUAGUUCUGGAUUCAACAUGAUUCAUGAACAAAACAUGGGUUCUGAUCUCAUGGAUGUUGUCUCAAACAUUGGUUCAAGUUCAGGGAACUACAAUCCCAUGGUGUCUUUUUUAUCUCAAGAAGGUCCAAGCAACAUUUCAGAUUCUUCUACCAACAAGUGUCUGUCUCUGCCACCAGAACAUGACGGUGAUGUGGGAAUGAUGGAUUUUGGCUUUGAAUUUCCUUAUGAUCCUACAAACUACCAUGGUAGAGUUGGUGAAUUCACACCAAGUAAUUACUACUAUUCUGAGUGGGCUGAUUUGAGCAAUGAUGACAUUAAGCCACAUUGA